AUGAAUCCACAUAUCUCCGUCCCCCGUCAACAUGCCAGCUCUACCAACUUCGGCUCAACGCCCGCAACCCGGUCUAGCGUCCGCAUGCCGCGCUUCUUCAAAAGGCUGUUCAAGUUCCCACAAAUGGAUUUUGAAAUGGCCAUUUGGGAGAUGACAUCGCUAUUGAUUGCGCCUAAGAAGGUCUUCAAAUCGAUAUACUACCAUAAACAAACUAAAAACACAUGGCAUCGACCUGACCCUUCGUUCACCUACCUACUAUCAUUCUUCCUCCUUCUCACAGCCUUUGCCUGGGGCCUCGCUUACAGGCCCGGAUUUGGUGCAAUCAUUCGCCUAACGUUCCUCUUUGUGUUUGUUCAUUUUAUCGGCUCAUCGCUACUCGUGUCAACAAUUGGCUACUUCAUCAUUGGCCGUCUAUUCGGUCCGAACGGAGCUGCCGCCUCUUUGGCCGGCCUGCGGGGCUCCCGUGGUCGAAGACGAGGUGCUGCACAAGGCCUAUUUACGCAGCCGGGAGAGAAAGACCAGCUAGAGUUUGGAUAUUGUUUUGAUGUAUCUAAUCGUGCUUUCUUUCCGCUCUACCUCCACCUCUACGUCGUGCAGUUCAUCCUCCUGCCGCUUCUCACCCGCAGUCCGAGUAAUUUCCUGGCUACUUUCCUUGGGAACUCCCUCUACCUCUCUGCCCUUACUUAUUACACCUAUAUCACAUUCCUGGGGUACAAUGCUCUCCCCUUCUUGCACAACACGGAGCUUCUACUUGUGCCCAUCCUCAUUUUCGCCAUUCUGUGGCUUGUUAGUCUGAUUGCCGGUUGGGGUAUUGUCAUGCAAGGCCGCAGCGUUCAGUGGCUAUUUUGGGGCAUGAGACUGCAGACUUAA